CCAAAACACAAAAAAGAAAAGAGCUGCAAAUGAGGCUGAAAUUUAUAAAAACAAAAAUAUAGACAAAAAGCCAAAGUAUACAAGAACCUCAAAAAGACCAAACAGAUACUAUAAUGACGACAAAAAAAAUAACUUUACUACCCGCAGUAAAUCAAACCUGGCUACACAACCUCAUGAAAUCAAGAGUUUAUACAACAGGGUAGAAAAUAGCAAACCUCUCCUCGUAACCAAUACAGAAAAUAUCAAAAUGGAAAAGGCAGAUUCUCAAGACACUAUGGCAUGA